AUGAGGUUAUCGCCAUGGAUGGUGUUCGCGUGGGCAGCGGCGGUGCUGCUCGCCUUGGCCGCCUCGUCGGCAGUGGCGGACGCGUCGCCGUCGUCUAAGUCUUUGGAGGUCGGGUUCUACAAGCACACAUGCCCGCAGGCCGAGGACAUCGUGCGUGACGCCAUCCGCCGCGCCAUUGGUCGGAACCCCGGCCUGGCCGCCGGCCUCAUCCGCAUGCACUUCCACGACUGCUUCGUCAGGGGCUGCGAUGCAUCGGUGCUAAUCAACUCGACGCCAGGGAACACGGCGGAGAGGGACUCGGUGGCGAACAACCCCAGCCUACGUGGCUUUGAGAUCAUCGACGAGGCCAAGGCCGCACUGGAGGCGUCCUGCCCGCACACUGUCUCCUGCGCCGACGUGCUCGCUUUCGCCGCGCGUGACGGGGCCUACCUCGCUGGCGGCAUCGAGUACGGCGUCCCCGCGGGCCGCCGCGACGGCCGUGUGUCCAUCGCCGAUGAGGUGCUUGUUAACAACGUACCAUUCCCUACCGAUGGGGUCGAUGAACUUGUGGCCAGCUUCAAACGCAAGGGGCUCUCCGCCGACGAUAUGGUCACGCUCUCAGGCGCGCACACCAUCGGCCGCUCCCACUGCUCCUCCUUCACGCAGCGGAUCCACAACUUCUCCGGCGAGGUCGGCGAGACCGACCCCUCCAUCGACAGGUCUUACACGGAGGAGCUCAGGCAGCAGUGCCCGCCGUCCACAGACAACAUGAGCGACCGCACCACGGUGCCGCUGGACCCGGUGACACCGGGUGAGUUCGACAACCAGUACUUCAAGAACGUACUGGCGCGCAAGGUGCCGCUCAUCUCGGACCAGACGCUGCUUACGAGCCCCUGGACCGCUGGCAUCGUUGCGUUCCACGCCGCCGUGGAGAGGGUGUGGCAGGCCAAGUUUGCUGCGGCCAUGGUCAAGAUGGGCAACAUCGAGGUACUCACCGGCGAUGAAGGGGAGAUCAGGGAGAAGUGCUUCGUCGUCAACCACCAGUAG